CCGCCGCUUGCCUCCUCCUCUUCCUCCAUCCUCCGGGAUCGGAGGCGGCCGGGCGGGCCGAGAUGAGCGGCUCCCGAGCGCACGGAGAGCAGCAGCAGCCGGAGGAGGUGGCGGCGUCGGGCGACGGAGCCGCGGGCGCCGGCGGCGACUGCAGGAUGGGCGAGGCCGCAGGUGGGCUCCUCGCCCCCGUGGCUGGUCCAGCCGGCUGGGGAAGGGGAGAGGGGGCGACCUGGCGGCCGUGGCCUCCUAGCAAGGGCUGGAGGGGAAGCAGCCGGGCCCAGAGAUCUCCCUCCAGGCGCCCAUCUCUCCCCACGCGCUCCUGCAUGCCAUCAGCCCGUUUACGCAUCCAUCCUAGUAGUUUAUCCUGCCCCUUCCCCCCCCCCCCACCCAAAUAGCCAGACAGACUCCUAUUUGAUUUGCCAUGCCCUGUUUGUGCCUUUCCGUCCCCAUUGUCUCCAUCCAGAAGUCAGAACCCCCUGUUAGCUGUUCUGUAGGAAUAUGGUGGAUAAUUUUCAGGUGUGCUUCCUUCUUUUCUGCCUUCCUUCCUUCCUUCCUUCCUCCCUCCCUUCUUUUCUAGAGAGAACGAUGUAUGAAUGGGCAGAACCUUGCAAAGGUGGGUUGCUGGAGAAGGGGGCUUGCAAAUUAGUUGGAUGUGGGUUGGGCUUUCAGGUAAUUAAAAAAAAAUGUUUGCCAUGGUGAUCCCAAUCUUUCUUUUCCAUUCUUAAAAUUGCAUGAGAUCUGUUUGUCUGCCUUCCCAUUUUGUAGGAUGAUAGGAUUUUGGAGUUGGGAGGGAUCCAAGGGUCAUCUAGUCCAACCUCAUGCAAUGCCGGAAUCUCAGCUAAAGCAUCCAUGGCAGAUGGCCACCCAACCUCUGCUUAAAAACCUCCAAGGAAGGAGGUUCUUCUAUAUUUUUGUUUCCUUCCAUUUAUAAUAAUAAUAAUAAUAAUUUAUUAUUUAUACCCUGCCCAUCUGGCUGGGCUUCCCCAGCCACUCUGGGCAGCUUCCAACAAAAUAUUAAAAUACAAACAUUAAAACCUCAAACAUUAAAAGCUUCCCUAAACAGGGCUGCCCUCAGAUGUCUUCUAAAAGUCUGGUAGUUGUUUUUCUCUUUGACAUCUGGUGGGAGGGUGUUCCACAGGGCGGGUGGCACUACCGAGAAGGCCCUCUGCCUGGUUCCCUGUAACUUGGCUUCUCGCAGUGAGGGAAGCGCCAGAAGGCCCUCGGCGCUGGACCUCAGUGUCCGGGUAGAACGAUUUCUUUGGCAUGCCUGCCACGUUUUCUGGGCUGGCAGGUUUGUUUGUAUAACAGGAUGGCAAUGAGAAGUAGAAACAUUGCUUGCUUUCGACAUAUGGAGGAAACAGGGAAAAGUUUUUCUCCCUCUUAGGACGGGGGACACCGUGUGGCAAGGAAAUACGUUUUCACGUAGUGCGUAGUUAAACGAUGGAACUCACUGCCAGAGGAAGCAGUGAUGGCCGCCAACUUGGAUUAGAAAAUUAGUGGAUUAGAAAAAAAUUGUGCAGGUUAAGGCUUUUGGUGGCUUACUAGCCUUGAUGGCUUUGCUCUGCCUCCAUAGUUGAAGGAGGUGAUGCUUCUGAAUACCAGAAGCGUACUGGAAACUGCAGGAAGGGAGAGAGCUCUUGUGCUCGAAUCCUGCACGCCAGUUUCCCAUAGGCAUUUGGUUGGCCGCUGUGAGAACAGGAUGCUGGACUUAGACGAGCCACUGGCACGAUCCACUGGGGCUCGUCUUAUGGUCUUUCAUUUUUUCUUUUUAAAGUAUUUGCAAAACCAGGUACUUGCUGGUGGGGGGUAGUGUGUUAGGGAAGGGGGCUACAGCAAGGCACCUGCUUUUGCAUGGAGAAGCUACUGGGCUCACUGUACGACAUCUCCAGCUUAAAGAACCUCCGAUGGAAGGGCCAGAGGUCCGAAAGAGCGGCUGUCAGUCAACCCUCACCAUUGGCCAAGCUGCCUGGGGAUUCUGGGACUUGUAGUGCAACACCAUCUGGGAAUCCAAGCUUGACAAAUGCUGCAUUAACUAGAUGUAUAAUAUAAUUAAUAUAAUAUAGUAUACAGUGGUACCUCAGGUUACAUACGCUUCAGGUUACAGAUGCUUCAGGUUACAGACUCCGCUAACCCAGAAAUAGUGCUUCAGGUUAAGAACUUUGCUUCAGGAUAAGAACAAAAAUCAUGCUCUGGCGGCGUGGCAGCAGCAGGAGGCCCCAUUAACUAAGGUGGUGCUUCAGGUUAAGAACAGUUUCAGGUUAAGAACGGACCUCCGGAACAAAUUACGGUAAGUACUUAACCUGAGGUACCACUGUAUGUUUACAUCAAAAUAUUGGCAGAUGUUGAGCAGAGAGAGGGUUGUAACACAAGUUGGAGGACGUACCUAGUUGUGAGCAUUAAAUGGGCCAGCUUCCUUAUACAGUGGUACCUCAGGUUACAAACACCUCGGGCUACAGACUCCGCUAACCUGGAAUUAGUACCUCGGGUUAAGAACUUUACCUCAGGAUGAGAACAGAAAUCGCGCGCUGGUGGCACGGUGGCAGCGGGAGGCCCCAUUACCUAAAGUGGUACCUCAGGUUAAGAACGGUUUCAGGUUAAGAAUGGACCUCCGGAACAAAUUAAGUUCUUAACCCGAGGUACCACUGUACUUUUGGUCUGCCUAACUCAGUAUUGUCUACACUGACCGGCAAAGUUUCAAGCAAGGGACAUCUCCAACAGAUACUCAGUUAUAUAAGCUAUGCACCAAAUGGCUCCUUAAACCAGGGUUACAGUUGCCAAAACGGAAUGCCUAGUUGCCAUUUGGGGCCAGAUGGCUCGAAAGUCGUGUAUUUUUCAAUACGACUUUUUGGUUCCAGAAAUUCAUUACGAUGGUGCAGAUAAAAUAUAAUGGAUAGAAUUCUGCAGGAUGUCUUGCUAGUGUGUGAAAAUAGCCCGGAUCCAAGGAUCCGCAGGCACGCACCUCCAGAUGGUGGAGACGUCAAGGCACCAUCCUGACGCCCGGGCAACUUCACUUGGUCACAAGUGGCCAAUAGCCAGGUGCAAAACGUGCCUGGUGAAAUCUGAACGCUUGUUUCCAGCCAUAAGAAGAACCUGGAUCAGGCCAGUGGUGUGUGCUGUCUAGUACAGUGGUACCUCGGGUUACAUACGCUUCAGGUUACAGACUCUACUAACCCAGAAAAAGUACCUCAGGUUAAGAACUUUGCUUCAGGAUGAGAACAGAAAUCGUUCUCCGGUGGCGCAGCGGCAGUGGGAGGCCCCAUUAGCUAAAGUGGUACCUCAGGUUAAGAACAGUUUCAGGUUAAGAACGGACCUCCAGAACGAAUUAAGUACUUAACCCGAGGUACCACUGUAUCCUGUUUUCACAGUGGUCAACCAGAUGUUUGUGGAAAACUAGCAAACAAAACCUGAGCACAGGCACACUCUCCUCUCUGGUGGCUUCCGGCCGCUGGUAUUCAGAAGCAUAACUGCCUCUGACCAAGGGAGCAGAGCAGAGCCAUCAUGGCCAAUAGCCACUGACAGCCAUGUCCUUCAUGUAGAUAUCAGAGAUUGAAGCUGGGACCUCCUGCAUCCUGUUUCCAUUCACUAAAAUCUGAGUGUUUCCACUAGCUUCUAUCUGAUCUGCAGUUGUCCUGUGCAUCUUUCUGGUUAAAGAUCAGGUGUUCUUGGUUGCCAGAGUGCUGUAGUGGUUGGAGCAGAGUACAGUGGUACCUCAGGUUACAUACGCUUCAAGUUACAGACUCCGCUAACCCAGAAAUAGUACCUUGGGUUAAGAACUUUGUUUCAGGAUGAGAACAGAAAUCGUGCAGCAGCGGCAGUGGGAAGCCCCAUUAGCUAAAGUGGUACCUCAGGUUAAGAACAGUUUCAGGUUAAGAAUGAAUUAAGUUCUUAACCUUAGGUACCACUGUAUCUCAAGCUUGGGUCUCCAGCUGUUGUUGGACUACAACUCCCAUCAUCCCUGCUAGCUGGGAUGAUGGGAGUUGGAGUCCAACAACAACUAGGGACCCAAGUUUGAGAAACACUGGGUUAGAGUGUCGGAUUAGGACUUGGGAGACCAGGGUUCAAAUCCCCACGUGGCCCUAAAGCUCACUGGGUGACUUGGGGCAAGUCGCUCACUCAGCCUAACCCACCUGGGGAUUAAAUCAGAAAGAGGAGAACUACGGACACCAUCUUGGAGGAAAGUAUGGGAUAUAUGAAUGUGAUGAAAGAAAUAGAUUGCUGAUCCAAAAUAACCCCACCCCCUUUCUCUCUGUCUCCCUUUCUCUGCAGGAGAUACUGGGGACGAGACAGCCCCAUUAUCCUGCCCCGCCUGCCGUACCAACUUCAAGGAUCCCUCCGAGUUGUCCGCUCACGUGGAUUCCUGCUGCUCGGAGCAGCCCACCUGCUCCUCUGCGGCGGCAGCUACAGCCGCCGCUGGUCAGGACCACUCCAGCCUCUCCUCCUCGUCUUCCUCUUCCUCGGUGGAAGUCCGUCCCGAGAGCCCUCAGAGCAUGGACGUCGAAUCGGGGACGCUGCUGUCCGACCCAACCCAAGAGGCGGCCCUUCCCCGGCCCCCUCCCCCGCCUCCCCCAACACUGCCCGCCUCCUCCGCCUCUGUCCCCGCCGGGCACCUCAACAUCCCCCUCAUCUUGGAAGAGCUCCGGGUCCUGCAGCAACGCCAGCUGCACCAAAUGCAGAUGACCGAGCAGAUCUGCCGCCAGGUGCUGCUGCUGGGGUCCCUGGGGCAGGUGGGCUCCCCGACCCCUUCCUCCGAGCCGGCCCCGGGAGCGUCUCUUCCUCCCAAGCCCCCCUUGCCGGUCUUCUCCAUCAAAACAGAGCCAGGGAGGACCCAGGCGUCCAGCUCCCCUGAGGUCCCCAAGCCUGCUUUCUUCCACCUCUACCACCCUUUCCCCGGAGGCGCCCGAGUGCCCAAGGCCGAGCAGCUCCUGGCUCCGGCCUUCCCCACAGCUACGGGCAUCCUGGCCGCCCAGUGCUUGGGCAGCGCCCGGGGUUUGGAGCAGGCGACGUCUCCGGGGCUCCUGCGGCAGAAGAACGGGGGAGGAGCGGGAGGAGGAGGAGGGUUAGAAAGCAGGCUGGAGGAGAAGCCCGGAGGGCGCCACAAGUGCCGCUUCUGCGGCAAGGUCUUUGGCAGCGACAGCGCCCUGCAGAUCCACCUGCGCUCCCAUACGGGCGAGCGCCCUUACAAGUGCAACAUCUGCGGCAACCGCUUCACCACCCGCGGCAACCUCAAGGUGCACUUUCACCGCCACCGGGAGAAAUACCCCCACGUCCAGAUGAACCCCCAUCCCGUCCCAGAGCACCUGGACUACGUCCUCACCACGUCGGGGCUACCUUACGGCAUGUCGGUGCCGCCCGAAAAGGCCGAGCCCGGAGAGGAAACCACCCCUCCGCCCACCGCCGAACGCAAGGCCCUGAGCGCCACUGAGAGCCUCACCCUGCUGUCCGGGGCCUCACCGUCGGCGGCAGCCCAGGCCUUGCCCAGCUUCAACAAGCUGGUUCUGAUGAAGGCAGUGGAGGCGAAAGGGAAGGGGGACGAGAACACCCCACCGGAAAGGGAGACGGAGGGUGCCCGGCUUCAGCUGGGGAAGCUGGUGGGAUCGCUGCCCAGCUGGGCCUUGCUAGCCAAUCACUUCAAGGCGGGCACAGCGGUGGGGCCUUUCCCCUACGUGCUGGAAGCGUCUCCCUCAGAGACUUCCAAGCUCCAGCAGCUGGUGGAGAAGAUUGACCGCCAGGGGUCUCCGUCGUCAUCUUCUUGCUCUGCUCCCGUCACGGCCGCCCAAGCUGUGGCUGGGUCCUCCUCCUCCUCUUCCCUGCCCGCUUCUUCGGGGCCCAACCAGUGCGUGAUCUGCUUGCGGGUCCUGAGCUGCCCUCGAGCCCUGCAGCUCCACUACGGGCAGCACGGAGGGGAGAGGCCUUUCAAGUGCAAGGUGUGCGGGCGGGCCUUCUCCACCCGGGGGAACCUGCGCGCUCACUUUGUGGGCCACAAAACCAGCUCGGCAGCCCGGGCCCAGAACUCUUGCCCCAUCUGCCAGAAGAAGUUCACCAACGCCGUUAGCCUCCAGCAGCACGUCCGCAUGCACCUGGGCGGGCAGAUCCCCAACGGAGCGCUCCUCCCUGAGACCCCGACUUCGGAAGGGGCCACCUUGGGGGAAGGCGAGAAGCAGCAGCAACCGCAGCAACAGGCCCCUCCGCAAGACGAGGAACUGUCGGAGGAGGAGGAAGAAGAACCCACCGACGAAGACUCCCUGGAAAGUGGAGGGGAGAAGGCCGAGGGGCCCUCCAGCCCGGAACAGGAAGCUCCGGGCCUCACCAAGGAAGGGGGAGAAGCGGUGCAGGCGGAAGAGGAAGACGGUGGCACCAAUGCUGCCUUGCCAUCAGGGCCAGGAAGCCCUCAGCGGCCCAUGCAGGAAGGGGAAGAGAAGGCGGAGGGGGAAAAGGCAGGAGGGGCAAUGCCGCAAGAACAGGAGGAGGAACAGGAAACCGGCGGGGAAGGCCCAUCGGAGAAGCAAGAGGGCAGUCAAGCCAAAGAGGGGCCGACGCUGGUUUGUGGGAUUUGCAAGCAGGCCUUCCCCGACAGGGCCGCAUUGCGCAAGCACGCACUGGCUGCCCACCACCAGGUAAGGGAGAGACCGUUGCUCCUUCUCAGUGUCUCCUAUUAUAGUAAGUGUUCUGCCUAUCCCCAGUUCCCUUGUGAUUUCCUUCUCCAUCGCUUUAUUGACUCAGGAAGUUGGCUUCACUUGGCAUGCUGUCUGUCCCCCUCUAGAGGCAGAACUGGGGAGUGCAAGGCACCUUUACAGGAAGUACAUCUCCCUUGCACAGGAUUGACACAGGAAGCUGGUUGCACUUGGUGCGCUCUCUGCCCCCCUCUAGAGGCAGAACUGGGGCACAAAGGGCACCGUUGUAGGGAAUACGAUACCACGUUGCCUCACAGUUCUGGAGUGUGGCAAAACAUCUUUAUAGCCUUAUAAUUUUCGUUUCUUCCACUUGGACCACCCGUCAGGUUAAGAUCACACGGCAGUUCAUGAUAUAUUUAUUUAGAAGCAACAAAAUAAAAGUCUGUAGCGAUAGAAUCCCUGUAAGCACACAUUUAUUGAAGCCCGAAGGUUUAAAAUGCAUCUUGGCAGUACAGCAGCAGCCCAGUUUGAUUACCCUAGGCCUUACAAAGGCUUGCAGCUUUCUGUCCCCAUGUGGCGUAGCUUGUUGGUGUUAGUUAUUUAUUUUUAAAUAAAUGUUUUUCCCCGAAAAGGAAAUGAAAGUGGCAUAAAGCAUGCAUGCAGUAAACUAAAUAUAUUAAGGAAAUUACCAGAAAAUUUAAAGAAACAGUUUGAUUUUUUUAAAAAUAGCUAUAAUCCUGAAAGCAACAAAACAGAUAUCAACCUGUAACAACCCCCUCAAUACACACAGAGACACACAGAAACCUGAAUUGUGUGAAAGCAUGAAAGAAAGGAAAGCAACAUUAACAUAAAGGAAAGGGGAGAAAGGAUUUUUGGCUGAAGGCCUGUACCACGGUCACUAGACCCUAGUUUUCUUGGUCAGAGAUCUGUGCUGCUGUCGCCACUCUGCUUCGUCUCUCUUGCAGUACUUCCCAAACUUGGUUCUUCCGCUGUUGUUGGACAACUCCCAUCAUCCCUAGCUAGCAGGACCAGCGAAGAGCCAGUACAAGUUGCAAUUUCAGCUGAAUUUGUGGGAACCCGCUUGAAGCAUCCUUUGCGCCUAGCUAUUUCAUUUGCUUUUGUUCAAUUGGCUCUUUACAAACAGCUGAAAGUCUGGGAAUUCUAAUGAUAAACCUGAUUUGCAGUGGGGGUUGAGUAAUUUUGAUGGCAGCUGUGGAUCAAAAGUCUUUGAAACAGCAGAAUAUAGGCAGCCGCCUAUAUUUUGAUGUUCGGCAUUGCACAUGCGGGCACCAUAGCUGUCAACGUUUCCCUUUUUUUAAGGGAAAUUCCCUUAUUCCGAAUAGGAUUCCUCGCAAGAAAAGGGAAAAGUUGACAGCUAUGGUGGGCACCAUUUAAGGUGGUGUUGCUUCCAUUGGGAAGCAUGCUUAGAAGCCAUGGCGAAUGAUAGAAAUGGGACAGGGCCAUAGCUCAGCGGCAGAGCAUCUGCCUUGCAUGCAGAAGUUCCCCGGUUCAGUUCCCGGCAUCUACAGGUAGGCCUAGGAAUGCCCCCUGCCUGAAAUUCCUGGAGAGCUGCUGACCCUCCAAGUGCGCCUAUUUUCCAGGGGACAUCCCUGAUUUAGAGAAGCCAUUCCGGUUUCUGAUUUCAUCCUGGAAUGUCCCACUUUUCCUUAAAGGUAAAGGACCCCUGACAGUUAAGUCCAGUCACGAAUGACUCUGGGGUUGCGGCGUUCACAUCGCUUUACAGGCCAAGGGAGCCGACGUUUGUCCACAGACAGUUUUUCCAGGUCAUGUGGCCAGCAUGACUAAGCCGCUUCUGGUGCAAUGCAACACCGAAACCAGAGCAGCGCAUGGAAACGCCAUUUACCUUCCCGCUGGAGUGGUACCUAUUUAUCUACUUGCACUUUGACGUGCUUUCGAACUGCUAGGUGGGCAGGAGCAGGGACUGAGCAACGGGAGCUCACCUCGUUGCGGGGAUUCAAACCGCCAACCUUCCAACUGGCAAGCCCAAGGCUCAGUGGUUUACACCACAGCACCACCCGCGUCCCUCACCUUUCCUUAGGAUGACCCUAUUUUCAUUGGAGAAAUGUUGAAGGCUAUGGAGUUCUCUCUCUCUCUCUCUCUCUCUCUCACUCACACACACACACACACACACACACACGCCAUCUGAAGGCAAUCAUGUAUACAGAAGCUUUUAAAAAAUGUUUUAUUAUGUUUUUUAAUAUGUUGGAAGCCGCCCAGUAAGAUGUGUGGGGUAUAAACGGUAAAAUUAUCCUUAUGGAAUGGGGCAUCCCUAUUUUUGUCAGAGAAAUGUUGGAGGGUAUGGAGCUGCUACCAGUUAGUGUAGACAAUAGUGAGCUGGGUGAACUCGAUAUGAGGAAGCUUCCUGUCUUCUGGGUCAAACCAGCAUCAUUCCUCCCCUUGUGGCCACCCGGACCAUUUUAACACUUGUCCUUAAAGACUUACAUUGACUCCCAGUAUGUUUCUGAGCACAAUUCAAAGUGUUGGUUCUGACCUUUAAAGCCCUAAAUGGCCUCGGCCCAGUAUACCUGAAGGAGCGUCUCCACUGCCAUCAUUCUGCCCAGACACUGAGGUCCAGCACCGAGGGCCUUCUGGCGGUUCCCUCGCUGCGAGAAGUGAGGUUACAGGGAACGAGGCAGAAGGCCUUCUCAGUGGUGGCGCCCACCCUGUGGAAUGCCUUCCCAUCAGAUGUCAAGGACUUUUAGAAGACAUCUGAAGGCAGCCCUGUUUAGGGAAGUUUUUAAUGUUUGAUGUUUUAUUGUGUUUUUAAUAUUCUCUUGGGAGCUGCACAGAGUGGCUGGGGAAACCCAGCCAGAUGGGUGGGGGGAUAAAUAAUAAAUUAUUAUUAUUAGGAGUGUCGGCUCAGGGCACCGCCUGUGUUAAGUGCCCAUCUCUUUCGUCUUUCUCCGAAAGGUUAAUCUCAGUGGCCACGUGUGGAGCAGCAACCAGGCCCGCCGAGGGAGGCGCCUGCCCCUAGAAGGCCCCGUGCCGGUGCUGUCGGGGGGCCAGGUCAAGCUCCAGGACUUCCUGGGGCGCGACAUCCCAGCCCAGCUCGUGGGGGUGGGCCCCCUCUCUUUCUGGAACCAGUACACGGCCUUCCUUUCUGGAGGCCUCCCGACCAAGCCUGCUCACGGUGGGGGUAGUGGUGUCGCUUCCUCCUCCUCCUCUUCUUCGGCAUCCAACGCGGGCACCCACGGCCUCUUCGGAUCCAGCGUCACUCCCGCGAAGGUGGCUCCCAGCGAGGCCAAGGAGAAGCCGCCGGUGGGGUCUCUGCUGCUGCUUCCUCCGCCGCCGCCAGUCCCAGCCCCGGAGGUCAUCCCUGAGAACCAAGUGAAGGGGGAAAAGUAAUAUCCUGACGUAGCACCUCCAUCAGGUAAGGCAAGGUGGAGGAGACCCAUUAUGGCUGCAACUUUUGCCUGGUGGAGUUGGAAGCUGGGCCCUGGUGGGUUGGGUUGGCAUCCGUUUCGAGGGACAAGGGAGAAGUGAAGUCAAGCUGUUGGAGAGUCACAGCGCCUGCUGUGGCUGCAGGAGCCAGUGUGGGAGAGACAUGUUUUGUUGCAGUUGGGGCAGAUGGAGGAAUCCCGUUGUGCCUCUGCAGAUACACCACGGCAGAGUGUGGUGUAGUAGUUAAGAGCGGUGGACUCGUAAUCUGGUGAACCAGGUUCGCGUCUCCGCUCCUCCACAUGCAGCUGCUGGGUGACCUUGGGCUAGUCACACUUCUCUGAAGUCUCUCAGCCCCACUCACCUCACAGAGUGUUUGUUGUGGGGGAGGAAGGGAAAGGAGAAUGUUGGCCGCUUUGAGACCCCUUCGGGUAGUGAUAAAGCGGGAUAUCAAAUCCAAACUCUUCUUCUUUCUGGGCCGUUUCUCCUGUGGUCACUUCUGUGGGUGCACAACCUGUCUGUCCAUCUCCAGCCGCUGUGCAACUUUGCGACGCAGAAUUUGCUGGCCAAAGCUCAGCCAGAAGUGGGAUUUGUAAUUCUAUGAAAUUCUGAAAUCUGACCGGUGAUAGGAUUUGUGAUUUGCGGCAAAGGGAGGUCUGGAUUCAUGGGACCCAGGUGUAUGGGCUUGGGUGGAGGCUGUUACGAGCAGCGCCCUCGGUGGUUUGCUAUGUAUGCCGUCACUGCCUUGAGCAAUCCAACCCCACUGCUGUUCUGCCCAGUGUAUCUGCUGCUGGAAGCCAUAAUAAUAAUAAUAAUAAUAAUAAUAAUAAUAAUAAUAAUAAAAAUUUACACCCCGCCCUCCCCAGCCAAGGCCGGGCUCAGGGCGGCUAACAAGCAAUAAUAAAAACAAGUUGAAUGAAUACAACUUAAAAACAAGAUUAAAAUACAACAUUAAAACAUUAAAAUGCAGCCUCAUCACAGGAGGAGAAAGGAAAAAGAGGGGGAGGGAAUCAAAUUGACUCCAAGCCAAAGGCCAGGUGGAACAACUCUGUCUUACAGGCCCUGCGGAAAGAAAUCAGAUCCCUCAGGGCCCUGGUCUCAUGAGACAGAGCAUUCCACCAGGCCGGAGCCAGUGUUGAGAAGGCCCUGGCUCUGGUUGAGGCUAAUCUGACUUCCUUAGGGCCUGGGACCACUAGGGUGUUACUAUUUAUGGACCUUAAGGUCCUCCAUGGGGCAUACUGGGAGAGGCGGUCCCGUAGGUACGAGGGUCCUACUUUGAGAUCGUGUAUACCGCUUGGGUGGUGGGGCAGAUCUGCUGCCCUCUAUAUGUUGCGGAACAACUGCCCCCAUCAUCCCUGACCACUGGCUAUGCUGGCUGGGGUUAAUGGGAGUGGGGAGUCCAGCAAUAUUGGGGACGCCACAGGUUCCACACUCCUGAUUUCACCCAUGGAAACAGCUUUAAAAGGUGCAAAGCGCAGAGAACAUUCCUCUUCCACCUCUCACUAGAUGGUCCUUGUGUGGGGGAGAUGAUGGCUCGGAUGUGAUUGGGGAGGACUCUGCUUUCUAAAAUGGGCUGUAGCUCAUUACCAUGGCAUCUAAUUUGCACGCAGAAGGUCCCAGGUCCCUUGGCAUCGCCAUGUACAGCCGGGAAUGUCCCCUGCUUAAAAGGACCUGGAGAACUGCUGCCCAGUCAGUGUAGACAAUACUGAGCUAAGAUGGACCCAGCAGCCUCCAGUAAAAGACAGCUUCCUCUAUCCCUACGCUCAAGGCAAGGUAGAGACAUUCUGAAGUGGCAGGAAAUACAGGCAUGGUUUGCAUAUUCUUUAUCCUCCCAAUGUAAAACUAGGGUUGCCAUACUUCAGGAAUUUCUCAGACGUAGCCAGGAUUCGUCAGAAAACGCUUCAAUGUCCAGGAAAAUCCAGACGUAUUGCAACACAUGUUGAAAGCGUAGAUUUUGGCAAAUUUCCUUUAAAAUAGCUCAGAAACCUCUCUUUGAGAUUUUGCAAAAGAAAGCUCAACAACUUUUGUCUCCAGUUUUUCACUUUUUGAAAUAUGGCAACCCUGUCAAAACUUCCAGAGUUAGCAAGGAGAGGCGAGAGUAAAUUGAUGGGGACUGUUGGGCUGAAGGAGGGAAGGGAGCACAGCGUGUUGCUGCUAGCCUGGGAACGGCUGUCUUUUGAAUGUUUGCCCAGCAUCCUGUUCCCAAAGGUAUCCAAUUGGAUGUCUCCAAGAAACCUGUUAAAAGGUGCAGAAGACCCUAUUUUUAGUUCCCCGCACAUUUAAGACAUUUCUAGAUUUCUCCUCAGCCCCGAAAGGCUCCUUGAAUAGCUUACAAAUAGCAACAAUGAGUCACAUCUCCGCUUGCGGUCUAAGAGAUAGAACACUUAAGGAAAAAGGGGUGAGGAGGGAAGAGGAAAGCAAGCAAACACAUGCACCAGUUCUUCAGUGUUACAGAGUUCAUAACGAUGAGCAGAUUUUGGAAAGUUUGGUCAUCCACUCUCUGGAUCGACUUUGCAGGAUGCUUUGCCAUGAACAAAGCAGUCACGUUUUUGCGAUGCGGGUGUCAAAGUAGUGAUUUGCAAGGAGCUAGACCACAGGGUGAGUGAGUGUGGUUUCUUUUUCCCUAAAUUUUUUCUUUUCUUUUUUUUAAAACUUUAUUCCAAAACCGAAAAAGAAUUACAAACAUCAAAUUCAAAAUCCAUAUUAGUUUUGUAACAUAAGCCUAUUACAUAGUUGACUAGAUUAAAAUACACCUAAUCGCUAUAGACUUCCCUUUGCUAUAUAUAAAUGCAACGCAAUUAGAAAUAUUAUAUUAGAAAUUUUUAUAAAUUCCCCACUUCCCUUUACCCAUGUGUGAUUUCAAUAUAUUUUUCUAACGUCUUCCAUCUUGUUGUGUUGUUGUAGUUUAAUAAUUAUUCAAUUGAUUCUUUUAUUAUUUCCUUGCUUACCCCUGCACGUUUUACACGUUAUCUAUUAAUAUUCCAGUUCCGGAACCAACUUUUUUCUUUUCCUUUCCUAUCUUUUCCAGGCGGAACUGUUUUAGCGAUACCCCGGCUGGCGGGGACGCCCCCCCCCUUUCCCCAAGCGCAGUCCCGCAAGAAGAGAAGUGGCUCCGGUCUUAAUUUUAGCAACAUUUUAGUCUUUUACUUUUAAAAUGUAGCUUGGAUGUCCGUCGGCCGAAAGGCAGGAUCCUGUCGCGGGUCAGGGAAGCACGGCACACACCCUGCACCCAUGGGGAGAAGAAAAAGGAAGUGAAAGUGUGUCUCAUUUAGAUUAGGGCAAGGAUGCCGGACGGUCCAUUCAAGCGAAGGGAAGGACAUCUUGAGCUCCCCAAUAAAAGCAGUUUGACAGAACUACCAA